CAUCUGAAAGAAGCAGUUCCUAUAAGAAAAUGACGUUAAUUUCCGUCGUCGUCCUCAUCGCGGCCCUGUCUGGGCUUUCACGGGCCCUCAAGGAUCCGAUCUGUGCUCUGGAACCGGCCAGUCACGGCACCGAUGGUUUUACCUGCCAUGGCCAUUUUCCGAGAUAUUCCUAUUAUCUCUUUAAAAACGAGUGCGAAAGGUGGAUAUAUGGCGGCUGUGGAAAACCGAACAAGAAUAACUUCGGCACGAUAGAGGAGUGCCAGCAUAAAUGCAAGGAAGCUGUCUCUAUAGAAAUAAUAAAGUAAAGGCCACAGAAAGCUAGGCUGUAAAAAGCUCGAACAAAAAAAACCCGAAAGAACAGAGAAAAAAGAAGCACACCCUUGACUCUCUCAACAGAAGGCGUAUUUUUGGUACUCUCGGGUUUUCUGUUUCGUGCUGAGGGCUGAUCGGAGAGAAACGAAGACCCUGUAAAGAAGAGACGUUCGGCACGUGAGCAAAACGAGUCAAGUGGAAGCAAAAAGUGUCUGUUUUGUUGGAUUUCCUUUGGUUUUUACUCCACGAAGUGUCUCCUCUAAACGAAUGCCUAAGGAGAGCCUCAAAAUGCUAUCGUUGGUUGGAAGUGGAAGUGUCUUUUCGAUUCCAGUUUCAAACGUGUCCGCGGGCAAAGGGGGACCCCCAUUCUUACUAGAUCUAAACUCCUGAAUCUCUUCCAAUCCCUUUCACUGGCUCUUAUAGCCAUGAAACGUACUGUAAAAUCAAGUAAUUUCUUCCUUUGUUUUUAUAACAUUUAUUUUUAAUUUGUUUUGGUUUUUGAUCUUGCCAGAUGUUUUCUUUACAAUAUUUGUAAUUUAACAUUAACUUAUGCCAUAAAUUGUUGAUUUUUUCAAUAUAUUAUUUUUGUUUUUGUUUCAUGAACUGUAUGGAGAGAAAUUGCGGUCCUGUUAACAGUUAAUCAGUUUAAAAUUGUACGCUAAAAAUCCAAUUUAUAUAUAUGUUAUAUAUAUAUUUGUAUAUAGUAUAGGUAUAUGUAUGUAUAUUUAUGUUCUUGUACACUAAAAUCGACUCUCUUUGCUAUGCUUAAGGGCUAUGUAUUGUAUAUAGAUCGUAUGACAAAAAGUAAAUCAAGUGAAUUUCCCUAAAAAGCAAAGAAAAUUAUGUCCUAUGAAAUGGGUGCACUGACAACAAGGAAAACGUGAAUUAAAUAUGCCUUUAGUUUCGCUAGGUGCAUGAGAGAAAUGAAUAAUUUAUUAACGCCAAAUCCCUAAGGGGCCCUGGGGGGACUCUAUGAGUCGCCAGGCCAUCUCAUCUGGCUGUCUGCUGUUCCACUCUAUCCACACGAUAUACAUCAACUUCCUGGCGAUCCGAACGAAGUGAAAAAUAUUUGCUCAAUGCUGCUUUUUGGUUU